AGGGGAGAAAUACAAUACUCGGUGGGAAAACUUGCCGAUCAUACGUUUGUGGCUUCAUAUGCCCCGAGGGGUGGCGUAACAGAAUACUUCAUGCCAUUUCCGAAGCGGGACAUUCCUUGGCUCUUCGGAUAAAAAAGCGAAAUUUCUGGAGCUUGCCGCGCAGCAAUGCGCCUGAUUGGAUGCUGAUUGUAGCACAAGGCUGGACAUUUUUAACCCAUUAUGACGCUCUCCGUCGCGCAAGCUGAAAAUAUGCUAAAGCGGCAGCUCGAGGAGCGUAAGCGAGGCCCCGGCUAUGGUCGCCUACCGCGACAAGUGACCAUUUGCGGAGGUGGGAACGGAGCGCAUGUUUGUGCUGGAUUUUUAGCCUGGAAAGGUAUAAAAGUGAACGUCUUGACACGCCGACCCCGUGAAUGGGCUCCAUCCAUCGAGAUCAUCACGCAAAGUUCCUCGUGGGAGGCGAAAGGGACGUUUGCGGGGACCUUACAUGUGGUCAGUGACGAGGCGUCUCGCGUCGUUCCAGGUUCGGAGUACGUCAUAAUUGCGGCACCCGCAAAUGCACAUCCGGCUCUUUUGACCAAGGUGGCGCCGCAUCUCGAUUUCGGGGCAAAGAUCGGAGCUUUGUUUGCUCAAGGAGGCUUCGAUUGGGCUGUAAAGCAUGCGUUCGGGACUGAGAAGAUUAAGCGAAUCGGUGUCAUGUUCGGUCUACAAAAUAUACCGUGGAUCUGCAAAGCCGUCAAAUAUGGCCAUUCUGCACGUAUCUUAGGACCCAAGAAGGGGCUGUGGGUUGCCACCUACCCAGUAGAGGCUCGCGACGCGACUGCUCGCGACCUGGAGAGCAUGUUUGAUAUCCCCUGUCACACUUUGCCGAACUUCUUGAAUCUGACCCUCACUCCGUCGAACCAGAUUAUUCACCCAGCCCGCUAUUACGCAAUUUUUCGCGACUGGGACGGCAAGCGAAGCUACAGUAGGCGCGAGCUGGAGGCCAGGGAGGGCCUUACGCUGUACAAGGGGAUGGAUGAGUACUCAGCGGAGUGUCUCGCUACCCUGGACAACGAGCUGCAACAGAUUAAAUUCGCCCUUCUUCAGCAGUUUCCCCAGCUUGACUUGUCUUACGUCAUGCCUAUAGGGGAGCGAAUCGUCAAUCAGUACGGUGAUGACGUCACCAAUAGAUCCUCCCUUCGUCAAAUUUUUCGCAGCAAUAGAGGGUACUCGUCUUGCCUGACGCCUCUAAAGGAGCAAAGCCCGGGGCGAUAUCAGCCGCUGGUGGAGUCAAGGCUCUUUUGGGAAGACAUACCUUAUGGCUUGGUCAUCCUCAAGAACCUGGUGGAGCUCCUCGGCAACUUCCCGACUCCAGCCAUCGACUUCAUGAUUCGGUGGCACCAGACGUUUAUGAAGAAGGACUACUUGCUGAGCGACAACCAGCUCAAUCCGCGCCUGCUCCACGAGACGGGGGCACCCUGUAAAUACGGCAUCCAUCGGGUAGAGGAGAUCGUUGAGACUUGUCUGCCGCGCGAGCUCUUGGGGUACCGUCAUCCUCGCUCGCGCAUGUAGUUGUUUGUAUCCCAUUUAUUUGCCCGCACCAUCCGCGGCUAAAACUUGGUGUGUAUAUCUAUUUUUGAAAGUACUCAAUGGCGAAAAAUGAUGUUCAUAGAUUGAUCGAAAGAAAAAGCAUUUAAAUUACCGAUAUA